GGCGAGGUGACCAGCACGGUGGUCUGGUGCUGGAUGGCGGCCGUCCUGCGGCGCACGCACGACCCCGACCAGCCGUACCGCUUCGUGUGCGCCGGCUCGCUGGUGGAGCGCGACCUGGUACUAACCACGGCCAGCUGCGCCUCCAGGCUGUUCAAGGAACCACUGCGGGACUUUGUGGUCCUGCUGGGCGCCUCCAAUCUCCGUGUGAGCCUCGAGUUUGGCGUACAACACAUGGAGCUGCAGGAGAUCAUCAUUCACGAGAAUUAUCAGAUAGAUAGUGAUGUUCACUCCAACGACAUUGGCCUGCUGAAGCUGUCGCGGCCGGCGACCCUGGAUCGGACCGUGUGCCUGCUCUGCCUGCCGCCCGAGGGCAUGGAGCUGACGGCUCGCCAGAGCUGCUCGGUCACUGGCUACGGCCUGGCCGAGGCCAGGAGGUGA